AUGUAUCCACGGCCCACUGUGACAACAUGUAAAAGCUUCCCAGGAAGCGAUAUUGUGGUCUACACGCCAAAGAAACUGCACAACAAGUUUGACCCCAAUGAAUUCAAGUACGAUGGCAAUUACGACACGGAUAAGAUCAAGAGUUUCCUCAUUCACGAUACUGUUGGAAUGGUUGGUAUUCGUACGAUGGGUAAUCUGUUCCAAUUCGAGCAGAAGCCUCUUGUGAUCGUUUACUACAAUGUGGAUUAUCUGAAGGACCCCAAAGGGUCGAACUACUGGCGUAAUCGCGUGCUGAAGGUAGCGCAGGACUACAAGAGGAAAGUUCAUUUCGCUGUGUCAAAUAAGGAGGAGUUCUCAUCCGAAGUUGAUCAGAAUGGUCUUGCUGAGCGUAAGGACUCGGAUAAACCAAUCGUGGCGGCUAUUACAAAUGAAGGCAAAUUCCCUAUGGAUGAUGAGUUCAGCGUGGAGAAUCUCAAGAAGUUUGUCGAGGACCUAUUAGCUGGUAAUAUGGAUCCAUACAUGAAGUCAGAACCUAUUCCUGAGGAUAACGAUAAACCAGUCAAGGUUGCUGUUGGCAGAAACUUCAAGGAAUUGGUGAUGGAUGCCGAUAAGGAUGUCCUUAUUGAGUUCUAUGCACCGUGGUGCGGUCACUGUAAGGCACUUGCACCCAAAUAUGAAGAGCUCGCCAAAACGUUGGAGAAGGAAGACGUUCUGAUCGUAAAGCUCGACGCGACAGCAAACGAUGUACCACCUCUCUUUGAAGUGCGAGGAUUCCCAACCAUCUACUGGUUACCGAAGAACAGCAAGGAUUCUCCAGUGCCUUACAAUGGUGGCCGUGAAGUGAAGGACUUCAUUUCAUUCAUCGCCAAGCAUUCCACUGAUGGUCUCAAGGGCUAUUCACGUGACGGAAAGAAGAAGAAGACCGAGUUGUAG